AUGAAGCUUCUUUCCAUCGCCGCCGUAGCUUUUCUUGCCGAAGCUUCAGUCUCCAUUCACAUAACUGAACCUAAUGAAGCCUUACUUUCUGAACCAAAACUUCCGAUUUUAGACUCGAACUUUGGGAUGAAUUGUUAUUCAGAAAAUACUUACGGCCCAAGUAAAAUCAAAUCAGCAGCCGCAAAAGCUUACUCCAAGACCCAUGGAGGUCUUGAUGGACUGGAAAGAUGCACAUUUGAUCGUUUUCCCGGGGAAACACUUUUCCUUCACCGCAUUGGAAGUGAUUACGUGUCAAAUUUAGGUUUGGCGCAACAUUACAUUAUGAUCAAUUCCGCCGGUCAGUUUUUGGCCGGAAUGUUAGAAUAUGAACUCUAUGGCAACUUGGUUCACAUAAUAUGUCAAUUUACGCAUUACACUACAUUCUCAUCUUAUGAAGACUCUCGACGACUCCGUACACAGGGCGAUGAACUUCAUUAUGCCUCUCGGUAUGGACAAGCUAGUCAGCAGCCACCUAUAGGAUCUAGAAGAGGGUCUCACAGAGGUUAA